AGCAAGUUCAUUUUAGCUCUUACACUUCACUCUCAAAACCUUGCUAAGUCAAGCCUGCUUGACUCCUUUGGCUUUUCUUUGCUAAGCUCCAACACUGCUACUUUCCAAACACUUAAUUUGAAGGCAAAAUAACUCUCAUUCUUCAGCUGGAUUAGAAGUAACAGCACAUUUAUGUUUUUAAUUAUAAGGAUUUUUUUCCUCUUUCUUUGCAUUAAUAAUCUUAGUGCUUCCUCUUUCCAAAUGGUACAGUUCUUUUUUUAUUUUUAGAGGUGGAUAGCAUACUGCUAGGUUAUUGCUGGUGAGAGAGAAGUGCAUGCUAAAUAAUUUACUUCAAAUUGCAGCAUUGUUUCAGUCUCAGUGUCAUAUCAACUGUUGAUCUCAAACUGUCAGUGUUUUAAAUCAUACCUUGAGAGCUGACCAUGUGGGAGUAUUGUGAAGACUGUUCUGUCAGGACCUUAGUGUGCAGCUACUUUUGACUACUCAUUUUUUCAUCUUUUUCAACAGGUUAUGUUUAGAAGAGAAGUUGCUAUCGUGUACUUCUGUGGUGUCCAACAGUUUAUCUGUUGAUACUUAUGUACUUCCUUUAUAACUUCAUGGUAGAACAACUUUCAAGGGCGCCUGUUUGGUUACUGCAGCAUCUGAAUCCAGAGGUUGAUUUAAAAAAAUGUGGACUGCCAAAACUCUUUUUAGCACUCAAGUACAGUUACUUCAGUUGACAGGAGGCACAUUAUCUAGUUGCAUGUUUUCAGAAAGUCGACAGUUUUGGAUUAGUAUGCUAAACUAUUGUACGAGAUGGGCACCACAUAACAGAGCUAAAUGCCAAAUUUCCAAGAUAAAUGAUGAAAAAUCUUUAGCAGAUGCAACAGCUACUGUUGGUGCACAAGAAAAUAAAAUAGCUACUGAAAAAAGUCCCAGUGGAAUACGUAAUGGAAAACACCRUUCAUUAGAGGCAAAAAUGAAACAUCUGAACCUAUCAUUUGCAGCUUGUGGGUUUCUGGGUAUUUACCACUUGGGGGCAGCAGCUGCUCUUUACAGGCAUGGUAAGAAGUUACUGAAAGUUGUGAAAGCGUUUGCGGGAGCUUCUGCGGGAUCACUGGCUGCCACUGUCUUAUUAGCAGUACCAGAAAAUAUAGAGGAAUGUAAGCAGUUUGCCUAUGAAUUUGCAGAGGAAAUUAGAAAAUUGGACUUCGGUGCUGUAACGCCUGGUUAUGAUUUCAUGAAAAGACUUAGGGGAGGCAUAGAGUCUCUUCUUCCGGCUGAUGCUCAUGAGAUAGCUGAGAACCGGCUCUAUGUAUCAGUCACUAACACCAAAAAUGGGGAAAAYUAUUUGGUUUCAAGUUUUACAUCCAGGGAGGACCUCAUUAAGGUCCUGCUAGCAAGUAGUUUUGUGCCAAUAUAUGCAGGAAUUAAGCCAGUGGAAUACAAAGGAGAGAAAUGGGUUGACGGUGGCCUUACCAAUGGCCUCCCUAUCUUGCCUGUGGGACGAACAGUGACAAUUUCUCCCUUCAGCGGUCGAUUAGAUAUCUGUCCACAAGAUAAAGGACAUGUGGAUCUUUAUGUUAAAUUGGCAAAACAAGAUAUAAUGCUAUCUUUGGCCAACCUGGUAAGACUUAAYCAAGCUUUGUUCCCACCAAACCAGGAGAAAAUGGAAUUGCUGUACCAAAAUGGAUUUGAUGAUGCCGUACACUUUUUACUAAAAGAAAACUGGUUUGAAUAGAUUGUACUUUGAAUAUUAACUAAGCUUGGUGUCUGUCAAAACACAGCCACAGGCAUUCUGCAAAAUCUGUCAAAAUUUCUGUAUAUCAAARUAAAAAUGCCAAUAGAAUUACAUCUGCUCUUUGAAGAAAAUACACAUGUGUUCUGGAKGGAAUUCAAAGACAUGUCAGAAGGGGAAUUUUACUCAUGUUGUAAAAGAUCUGUUUUGUUUUGGGGAGGUUCAAAUUUAGAUCUGUUUCAAACCAGUAUUUUAUUGUGAGAUUUGUGAAAGCUUGUGUUGUCAUGCUUACAAAAAAAAAAAAAAAAAAAAAAUCUCUUUUUCCUGUUACUUGAGACAAAAGUCCAGUUGUGACAAAAGAUUAUGGUCUUUGUUGCUCACAUAAUUGUUGCGCUGAUUGAAUGCUUGCAAUAUUGCUAGUCUGGAGAUUCUGACACAUCACCCCUGCUGUGUUAUACGGGGCUUGAACUCGUAACACUAGCGACAACAAAUAAAACAUUGGCACUAUUUUGCUGUGCUGAUUAUUUUUUU